GUUAUAAAAAGGAAUAGACUCAUAGAGAUGAAAACAACCUAUUUAUAUGAGCCUUAAAAAGAAAAAUCUGAAAUUAUAUAUGCAGUAGUUGAGUCUCAUUGGGCAGUAAAAACUAAAAAAAAAUAAAAAUGGAGGAGCAUUAUUCAGAGCCAGUUAGCCCAACUGGGCAAUACUUCACUAGCUCAGUGAUUUCAGUGAGUGUGAUUGGUGUUCUUGAAUCUGAGAUCCCCAUUGAUAAUUCUCACACUUUCUCUUUGCUCAAAGAUUUGUUUCUUCCCAUCAACCCUCGUUUCUCCUCUCUCAUGGUGAAGGACAAGAAUGGAAAGAAACAUUGGAAGAAGGUUGAUGUGAAGCUCGAAGAUCACUUGAAUCUCCCAAAAUUUCCGGCGGAAAAGUCGCCGGAAUUCUAUGAAGAAUGCCUCACCGAUUACCUAUCAAGAAUCUCAAUGGAGGAAUUCCCUCAAAGCAGGCCAUUAUGGGAAAUUCACAUCAUCCAAUACCCUACCAAAAAUGCCAAGGGAAGUGUUGUCUUCAAACUUCACCAUUCACUUGGUGAUGGCUUCUCACUCAUGGGGGCUCUCCUCUCUUGCUUGCAACGAGCCGACGAUCCUCAGAUCCCGCUAACGCUCCCUAGCAUGAUCCCGACGGGCCAUGCGCUUGGCUCCGGCCACGGCUUCUGCCGGAGAUUUUCUAGGGUUUUGUCUGGGGUGGUCAACACCGUCGUGGAUUUCGGGUGGAGUUUGUUGAAGAGUAGUGUGCUCGAGGAUCAUAAGUCUCCGGUGAGGUCCGGUGAGGACGGAGUCGAGUUCCGGCCGAUCACGAUUACUACCUUGACCUUCUCCCUUGAUCAAAUCAGGCAAAUCAAGGCCAGUCUUCAUGUGAGCAUAAACGACGUGGUGUGUGGAGUGGUGUUCUUGGGGAUCCGAAUGUACAUGCAGGCAAUGAAGCAAGAGCUCACUAAUGCAAAAUCAACUGCAUUAGUGCUGCUCAACACGAGGAACAUCCGAACCUACAAAACCAUAUCGGAGAUGGUCGAACCCGACGACGACGACUCGUCGUGGGGCAAUCGGUUCGCGUUCCUCCACGUCCCUCUCCCGAGGAUGGCGGCCGACCCACUCAGUUUCGUGCUCAAAGCUAACAAGUUGGUGAGGAGGAAAAAAAAUUCCGCGGCCAUUAUUUUGACCGGAAAAUUGCUUGACGCUUUGAGGAAAUUGAGAGGCCCCGAGGUAACUGCAAAAUACAUUCACAGCACUCUGAAGAAUACGAGCAUGACAGUUUCAAACAUAAUGGGUCCAGUGGAAAAAAUGGCUUUGUCUAAUCAUCCAAUCAAAGGCUUGUAUUUCAUGGUCGUAGGCGUCCCUCAGAACCUUACAAUAACAAUGGUGAGCUACAUGGGGCGGCUGAGGGUAGCUCUGGGAACAGAGAAGGGGAUGAUUGAUUCUCCCAAAUUAAAGUCGUGUCUGCAAAAUGCGUUUGAUAUCAUUUUCAAAUCAGCCAUCUCCUCUACUGCCUGAUUUUUUAUUUUAUUUUUCUUUUACCUAAAUUAUACAUAUUAAUAACUGUAACAAGUGCCAGUAUUUUUUUUAAAAAUAUAUGUGUGUGCCAUGUGUAAUUUGUUUGAUUCAUGGAUUAACAAUUGUGGAAUUAGUUUUUGUCCAAAACUAUAUACUGUAUUUUUUAUAGAAUACAAUUGUGGAAUCAUAUUUUGUCCAA